AUGUUCAUAUGGAAAGCUAAUGUGAACAGCCUACCUACUAAACUGAGCCUGCAUAGACGAAAAGUAAUUGAAAACCCUUUAUGUCCUGUCUGUGGAAGGGAAAAUGAGUCAAUUUGCCAUGUUUUGUGGAGCUGUAAUGCAGCAGCUGAUGUGUGGGCAGACAAAGAGAGCCCAGUUCAGAAAUGGCAUGGAGUGGAGGAGGAUUUUAUGGAUCUAUGGCUGAAGCUGACAGAAAAAUUACCAAGACAAGAUUUAAACUUAGUGGCAACUGUGAUGAGGAAUAUGUGGUGGCGGAGAAAUGCGUUUAUCUUUGAAAAUAUUUUUAAGGGGCCAUCUGAGCUAUUUCUACAAGCCCAAGGAACUCUAAAGGGAUUUAUAGAAGCUAAUUCAGAGGGGGAUGGAGCUAUCAAGGGAGGGGAAAGGCAGGAAGAAGAAGUGAGGUGGAAGGGACCUAGGAGUGGUUUUGUGAAGGUGAAUUGGGAUGCUAGUUUAGAUGUUGAGAAGAAAAUGAAGGGGGUAGGGAUUAUUGUGAGGGAUGAAGUGGGGGAGGUUAUGUUGUCUCUAUGUGGUUCUGAUCCUGGUCUCUGUAAUCCAGUUGUUGCAGAGUUACAAGCCCUAUGGAGAGCUUUAAAGUUGUGUGCUGAGCUGCAGUGGAACAAAGUCAUCUUCAAAGGUGAUGCAUUGGGUAUCAUUCAAGCUGUAAAUAGGAAGGAAUGCUGCUGGGAGUGGCAUGGACAAGUAGUUGAUGAUAUUAAGCUGAUUUUACAAAAUAGACCAAAUUGA